GGGAGAAAGAAAUUUUGCCCCUGCUGUUGAGAGAUUAGUUUCAGCCUGUUGACCCUGGUUUUCCCCCAUCUUAACUUUUAUUUAUUCUCCUAACCACUUGUUAGUGUUUUGCUGUUUACCUUGCGCAGCCUGGGGUAGGUGCUUGUGUCCUGUGCUCAUGUGGAAUCUAUUUGCGACCCUUUGCGGGGCCUCAUUCCAAACUAUGUGCCCUUCAACCUAAACUCCAGAGCAGCAGUCUUGAUUUUUUAAGAGACCCAUUUAGAGUCCUGUAACACAUGGGGGAGUUUGGCAGCAUUGUUAGCUGAGUGAAAAAAGCUGGGGUUGUAUUCCUGAAUUAAAUACGGAAAGGAUUUGCAUGCACUUUGUCUUUUCUUCACCUUGCGCUGACAAGGAAACCUAAGUUUGAGGAGUGAAAACGUGAAAUAAAUGCUUUUUGGUGGCAAAGGCAAGGAGCUUGAAGCCGGUUUCUGGAGAAUUAGGAUUUGCCAUCUCUGAUGCAUGACGAUCCGCUUUCCGGAGCCUGAAUCAAUACCCAGCAGGGCAAAACUUGUCAGUGGAGUUCAUCCUCCCCAGCACCAGCAGAUGGGGUGCAGCGCUGAUGGCUUUGGCCGCCUUGGAGCUGCAGGCAGUCACCGAGCCUUUUGUGAAGUUUCAGUGAUUACUCCGGCUGGCUAAUUCUGUUCUGAGAUUGUAAUGCAUUACACCGCUUCUGUACAACAGGAAAGGGAACUUCCUCUUUAAAGCUACGCAUUACCAAGCUAAGUAAGGAGAAUUUCUGUCUGGGCGGAGUUUUCCUCUGAGCAGCCUAGAUAAAGGCUUGCAGGAUUUAGAGAGCCUCAGAGAGCAAUCAGCAUGAACUGCACCGUGCCGGACGGAGUGCUGCACUGCUAUGCAAUGGACAGACAGCAGGGCAGGCUGUGCCUUCAGUUUCUUUGGGACUUUGUCACAGCAAAAGAGCCAUUGAUCAAUUCACCGUUUUUUCCAGUGCUGUUUUCUUUUACAGCAUACAUGGCUUUCUGUCUUCCAUAUAUUGCACUGGACUUUUUCAGCACUAGACUGCCAAACUUGAGAAAAUACAAAAUACAGCCACAGAACUAUCCAACUCUUGGAAUGAUGGUGCCUUGCAUUAUUCAGAGUGCGUAUCACCACGUGGUUUGGAUUUUCCCAGUGACAUUUCUCCACUGGUACUGGAAACCAGUGAAUCUACCAGUGAUAGCUCCAGAGCUGCCCGAGGUCCUGCUGCAAGUAGUAAUUUGCCUGCUUCUGUUUGAUUUUGAGUAUUUCCUGUGGCAUUUGCUUCAUCACAGAGUGCCGUGGCUCUACAAGACCUUCCACAAGGUGCAUCACAAGCAUGUAUCAACAUUUGCUCUUACUACACAGUACUCCAGUGUAUGGGAACUGUUGUCACUGGGAUUCUUUGCUGCCAUCAAUCCAUUGCUCCUCGGAUGUCAUCCUUUGACAGAAAUGAUUUUCUUCCUUGUAAACAUCUGGCUGUCAGUGGAGGACCAUUCAGGAUAUGACCUUCCAUGGUCAACUCACCGACUUGUGCCAUUUGGUUGGUAUGGAGGAGCACCGCAUCACGAUCUCCAUCAUCUGAAAUUCAAGUCAAACUAUGCUCCUUACUUCACCCACUGGGACAGACUCUUCGGGACAUUCACAGAGUCACAUUCUAGUUAAGAAUAUUUGCAUGUGGAUGAACUCUUUUUUUUUUUUUUUGAUAAACUAAACAGGGACAUUAUUUUUUCAAAGACAUAUGGAAGAUUGUAUAUUUGAAGCUACUUAUAAAGUCCAUAGCUAUUUAUAAGAAAUCCCUUUAAUAUAUAUGUAUUUCUAUGCAUACUUGGAACUUCCUAUGUUAUAUGACUGUAAAGCCAUAGUAAAUAUGUUACUUAAAUUUGUUUGAGUCAUAGGUGUAAGGGAAGCAUUAAGAGAUAUACGUUCUCUCUUCUUUCCUUCUUUUCAGCUUUCAUAAAGCAUGUAUUGUAUAUUAUGUAUGAUGUUUUAUACAUACACCAGAAAAAAUUAUCUUACUACUGUAAGAUGUAAACAGAGAAGGUACAGAGCAUGGAUUUUGUGGAGUUUAACCUGCCAGAGCAUUUUAUUGUACACUGAUAUUGUAAAAAAAAA